CAUCUCUCCCUACACGCGCCACGCAUUAGCCAUGUCUCCUGUUAUUCGCUCUUUCAAUUCAGAGAUUUGCUCCCUUCUCGCCUCCAGAACCACAAGCACCAAUGGCUCGUUGCAUUCGCUCGCACACCCGUUAAGCUACCGCAGCUCCAGCAUCAUCUCCAGGAAGUCCGCUCUUCAAACAUCUUUUUACAGCAGCCUACUUGCUCUACCUCGCGCAACCGCACCAGGUUUCCGUCUACAACCCUUCUCCACAACUUCCAACCUCUCCAAGAAAAAGGACAAGGGCAACAAACCUUCCUCCCGAAACUCCGACAGUGGGCCGGGCAAUAGCGCGGUAGAUGGAGCAGGACUAGAUGCCAAUGACCCAUUUGGUUUCACGCAGCUGGAGAACGAUAUAGCGGUGGCGGUGCAGAGACUGAAAGAUGACAUUUCGAAGUUAAGAGCAGGCGGCAGGUUUAAUCCGGAAGCGAUUGAGUCGUUACGAGUGGCGGUGAUGAAGGGUGAUGGUAAAGGGACCAAGGAGACGGUGAAGCUGGGAGAGCUGGCGCAGGUUAUUCCCAAGGCAGGGAGAAUGCUGACUAUAUUGGUAGGGGACCAAGCGUACAUAAAACCCAUAACUUCAGCCCUCCUCUCGUCUAACCUAUCCCUAAACCCUCAAUCCGACCCGCACAACAGCCUACAGCUCAACGUCCCCAUCCCGCCACCUACCAAGGAGUCACGCGACCAGUCAGUUAAGGAUGCGAAGGCUGCCAUGGAUAAGGCAUCUAAUGCAGUGCGCAACGCCCGUGGCGCUAUAAACAAGAAGCUGAAGAACAUGGGCGUCAAGAAACUUGUGAGGCCGGAUGAUUUGCACAAGCAGAUAGAGAAGAUGGAAAAAAUUGCUGAGAAAGGGCAGAAAGAGGUUAAAGAAGUUUUUGAGGGGGCAAAAAAUGUUCUGUAA